UUGGUUACAAUCAGAGUUCGUUCGGACCUUUUCUUCCUUUUGCGCUUUUUCCUGUCUGGUCCACACCAACCUCCCUUUGAGGAAAUUUUUUUUCUCUAUUCUUCAUCUAUUCUUUGUCUGUUUCAAAGCUUUCUCAGCCAUUACCUGUACCCGGAUUUCGGUCCGGAAGCCGAAACCACUCACAUCACGGUUGCUGUCGGUCGGUUCCGAGGUAGCGCUUGGUUACUCACCACCAUCUUCAGCAUUGUUUGUUGAAGACGUCCCGCAGACAUUGGUCUUGUCUGCAGGCAGUGCUCCGUAGGAAGUUCUCCUGAUCUUGCGACGUAUUUUCCCACCUCACUGCAAUUCAUUUAUCAUGGAUCCCCAUGUAGCACGCCUCCUCUCAGAUGCUCAUGAAUACUCCCAAUUGGGACCUGACCUGAUCUAUACCCAGUACCAACGGCUGAUGUCUUUGCUUUCCACUUCACUCGCUCAAUUCCUUUCUACCAAGACCUUGACAUUCUUUCCUACCGAACUUCUAUGCACCAUCUUUUCUUAUGCCUGCGCCACUGACCCACACACGGAUCCACCGCUGCAUGGAAACCUGAUCAUGAUCACAACACCGAUGGUCAUCGCGUCGGUCUGCACGCGCUGGCGCGAAAUAGUGCUCGACAUGCCAUCUGCAUGGGCGUGUAUCGAUAUCAACUUUAUUCCUCGCCUUGACAGAGGUGGAAGGGAUAGUGAUAAGCUAGAAAGACUGGUAGAGAGAUACGCAGAGAGAUCCAAGGCUGCUCCCCUUUCCAUCCGCUUACGCUUUCCACCCCCUGUUCCAAGUCGAGACCCUCGCUCCUCGCAUGAGCAUAUUCACCGGCUUUCCAAUGUUGGAGACGCUCACAUUGGAAAACCUCGCCCUGGGCACGAGUAACAUUUGCGAUAGCUUCGCAUCGGCCACAACUCUCAAACACAUCCAGUUUAAAGGCACCGUCCUUCAUCCUCUCUUAUAUUCCUUACUACCCCGAUUAGGCAAGCAGCAGAACG